AUGGAGGCCUCCGACUCCGCAGAAUCGCAGCACCAGGAAGACACCGAGAAGCCUCCACCGGGGCAUGACCAUCAUCACGAUCGCGACGAAAAGCAUCACGACGAAAAGUCGUCGCCCAUACCGAGGGCGACAGAGAAAACAGCAGACUCGACGACGGCAGUGAAAGCAGCAGUAGAUGUCCCGUCGACCAAGAAAUCCGCUGCAGCUACUUCCAACAACACGACGACCAUCGCCCCCCUCGCCCCCCUCGCAUUCCCCUACCGCCACCACCGCUCCAACCAAUAUGCCUCGCUCCUCUACCUCCCCAUGGAGCUUCAGUUCCUCAUCUGCUCCCACCUGAGCUUCGGCGACCUCCAGACCCUCCGCCGCACCAACCGCUUCUACCGCCACCUCAUCAACCUCGACUUCGUCCGCAUCUGCCUCGGCUCCAUCGCCACCGACAACGAGCUGCGCUUCGUCUGCCGCACCUGCAUGCGCUACGACGAGUCGCGCCGCCGCCUCGUCUGGCCCCUCAGCCAGCGCGCCCAGCCCCCUCCCGCCGACGGCAACUCGUCUGAUGAUGAGGACGUGAACAGUAACGAUAACGACGGACAAGAGGGCGAGCAGGAACAGGAACAGGGAGGACGGCGGAACGGCCAAGGCGGCAUCACCAACCGCCCCGCUUCGUUGGGCUACUGCCCGGACCCCAGCGUCCCGCUCGCCGGCCACUGCGCCGACUGCGCCGUGCGGCUCCGCCAGCUCUCGCCCGGCGAAUACGUCCUCACCGACGCCGGCGAGCGGAAAGUGCGCGUGUGUCGCUGGUGCGGCUGGCCCUGCCACGUCGACCAUGCGCAGGAGGAGUACUGGCCGCGUUCGGCGUGGGAGCUGCACCCGAAAUGCGCCGAGACGUACCAGUUGGUCCUCAUCGGGCAUUACACCGUCGUUUGUCUCCGGUCUGGCAUCGCUUUCGUGACGUAUAUUCUCCUCUGGCGGCUUUUUGGCCAGAAUACUUUGGUUGUUGUGCCGAGCAUACUGGCCUUUCUUCUCAUGGGUGUCAUCCUAUGCAUUGUCUGGGUCCGAGGUCGUGAGGUCAGGACCUACCAUGUUGUCGGUGGCCUCGAAUUUUCCAUCCUCGCUCUCGGCAUUCCCCCGAUGUAUGUCGUUGUGCCAAAGGUCAACGAUCCGGGUGUUAUAGCUGCCGAAAUCAUGCUUGUCAUUCAUCUCAUCGUCCGCCUCCUCAACGUCCUCGGCAACGUCGUCCUCUUCCUCGAAUACGACGUGACCAAACACCACGCCCCGGACGUCCCCUACUUCCGCCGUCUCCUCCUCAACCCGCUCAUCGCCGGCCUCGUCUUCUGGACCUCGCCCCGCGCCCUCGAAAACCUGUGGAUCGGCCGGGGGAAGCACCCGCGCCACAAGUCGUUCCGGAGGGGCAUGACCAACUCGUUCAAGCACAUCGGCAAGUCGUUUAACGAUUUCUGGUCCGUCCGCGCCACUACCGAUAUCCAGCCUUGA